AUGUCGCGGCUGUGCCAUAUAUCAUUAAUUUUAUUUAUUAUAGAUUUAGAAAUGUUCCUAAGUCAUAAUCUCGAUAGCGAUGUAUUGUCUGGUGUUGCUAUUGAAGACCACGUGCGGAAAGAUUUUGAUAACGGUGAUGAGAAGACACCAAUUUACUCGGAAUGGGGAAGGUGGAGUGCAUGCCAAGCCGGUCGUAAAACUAGGCGGCGACACUGCUUACGUAGAAACAUUUGCGGCGAUUCUUUCAGAAUUGAAGUUGCUCGUUGCGCGGCGCGUGAGUCGCGAGGACGGGAAGAUAGUGAGGAAGGACUUAUGAAAAUUAAAGUGGUGGGGUUAAAGCAAUUAGACAACGUAGAUGUCCAAAAAAGGUUUAUGGGGUUUUCACCCUGGACCAGCUGGAGUACAUGCUCCAAAAAGUGCACGACUGUAAGGAAGAGGCACUGUCAAAAAUGGGCAAUAUGUGGACGUAAAGUAAUAAAACAGUCUGCAUAUUGUUAUUUGGAGGGAAGUUACUGCCACCUCUGGAUACGAGCGAAGAUGCACAGGCGAAAAGAUCAAGAUUACCAGGUAGAGUCCCUACCAACACCAGUCCCAGCAAUCCAUGAAGAAGAUUCCAGAUCAUAUUCACAGUCAAUGACCUGUGGGAGGCUUGGUAGAUACCGAGGAUCUCCGUCGAGUAGACUGAGAGCACAUAUGCAAGAUAUGGUUAGGAUUAUUGGUGGAAGGCCUGCUCCACCUGGAAAAUGGAUUUGGCAAGUCGCUGUGUUGAACCGAUACAAGGAAGCAUUCUGCGGCGGUACACUUGUAUCCCUGCGAUGGGUGGUCACCGCGGCACAUUGUAUUCGAAAACGUCUCUAUGUGCGAUUGGGCGAACAUGAUCUCUUGGUACACGGUUAUGGUGAAGUGGAAAUGAGAGUCACUGAAGCGGUCAUUCACCCCCAGUACGAUCCUGACACCGUCAUUAACGACGUCGCUAUGUUGCGGUAA